UGUUUCCAAUGCUCUCAUAAUUCGCUCUUCAUUGUUGCGCUGUCAGAGACUUUCUCGUCUCCAUAAGCAGGAUUUGGAAUUACAAAAAAACAAAUUAUUUUUAUAAUUCCUGACCAUAGUUUCAAUAAUAUAACAGGAGCAGAGUAGUUUCCAACAAAAUGUCUCGAAAUAAUGUGGUAUAUCGACCACCAGACUCCGAUUCUGAUGAUGAUUACGAUGGGUUUGCUUUUGGCGAUGAUAUUAUACAGAAAAACAAACCGGUCACCAACUGGCAAACAAAUAGCGAUGAGGAGCUAUAUGAAGCUUUAAUGAAAGGAGAUUUGCAAGAACUCAAGCAACAAGUGGAACUGACCAGUUUCGAUGUAGAUGAGCCUGUGAGAUAUGGUUUCACAAUGCUACUGCAUGCCUGCAAGGAGGGAUUUUUAGAUAUUGUUGAAUAUUUAAUUGAAGAUAAACGAGCUGAUGUCAACAAGCAAAUUGAUUCUUUAACACCCCUCAUGAAUUGUUGCGAUUCCAAUUGCAAAGACUCGCUGGUGAUUGAAAAAAUUGCCAGAAUAUUGUUGUUACAUGGUGCCAUUAUAAAUGUGGCUGAUAAAUAUGGAACUACACCCUUCAUGCUGGCUUGCAAAAACGGUCAUGCGAAAAUCGUACAAAUGCUCAUACAGGAGGUUAGUUUCGAUGCUGUGGACAAUCAGGGCUGUACACCAAUUUUUCAUGCCAUUGAAAAUAAUCGGGCUGACAUUGUUAAGAUGCUUGUUGAUGCCGGUGUUAACUACACCAUUGCCAAUAAAAAGGGCUAUACACCGAUACAGGUUGCCCAGUUUCAUGGUUUCUAUGAUCUGCUGGAAAUAUUACCCAAGGAAAAGGAGGCAUAUGUAAUACCAUCACAAUUUUUGGGUUAUAAUACGCUGCGAGACUACAUACCGCGUAUUUUUUUGAAAUCCGAAUGUCCGGAAUAUUUUCAAGAAAUCAACACAAUUCUGUUGUCUAUUGGCAUGGAAAACUAUUUGGAAUAUUUUGCUAAGGAACGUGUACCUUUGUCGGAGUUUUUGUGCAUGCAAGAUGAACGUCUAAAAGAGUUGGGCAUAGAAUUUCCCAUAUAUCGGAUGAAAAUUAUGAAAGGACUUUUGGAUUUCCACUUGCAUCACUGGUCCAAGAAAUCAAUUGCUCGCGUUAGCAAAUCUUCCCAUGAAAACUUUUACGAAAUUCUAAUGAUUACUGCCAAUCAUUUGCAACACUUGGUGAUAAUCAAUUCAACUUUAAAAUUUGUCAAGAGCCACCUGCAAAACAAGCUUUUGGGACCGGUAACCACGGAGAAUCUCAUAGCAUUACAAAGAACCUUAAAAAGCUACAAAGGAACUAUCAAAGAACUAAAGAAAACAACAAAAUAUCUGGCUGGUUUUAGCCCACCUAAGAAUCCUCUUUACAUUGACUACGAUGAAUACCUGGCCGAACGUAAACGUUCUAAAAUCAAAUACUAUUUUAAGUAUACAACAAUAGCUAUAGGAAUAUCUGUAUUUAUAUGCUUAAAGGUUAAGCAAUUUUUCUAAAGUGUAUUACUUGAGAAGGAAUUUUUUACUAAGUCAUUCCUAUUUUUUAAGUAUGGCAUAGAAUCUCUCCUGUGUUCUUUAAAAAUAAGAGUAUUUAAAGGAUAGCUUUAAUGCGAAUUAUUUAACGUGUUAGGUGUUUCAAUUUUUGUCACAAUAAUUUGCAUUUAUGAAUUCAUAGAAUUAAUAGUUUUUUAAUCUUUGAUUUAUAUAGUUAACAAAAAUUGCUUGAAGCAAUAUUAUUUUUGAUUUUUAAAUAUAACACUAAAGUGUAACACUAAGAAAGUGGUUUAAGAAUAUUACAAAUGUUUAUAUAUUAUUUACAUACAUUAUUAUUAUAAUAAGCUUUAAUUUUAAAUGCAAUACAAUCAAUCUUGUAUUGCACAAUAAUUUAAAGGUAAAAGACAGUCAUCUAAUAAUUACAGUUUUUUGUUAUUGUGCUCGUUUCAAUCGCAAUCGCUGUAAAGUUUAUGUAUUAUGACAAUGAUUAUUGGUAAUGUAAAUUCAUAUUAUUUUUUUAAUGUUUUAAAUGAAUUAUUGAAAUAUUUAUAAAAGAAAUGUUGGAAUAAAUUUGAAAUUACGUUUUUAAUGCGUACGACGUAAAGUGAAAUAGUCGGCAAAUGCAAGAACUACAACAUACACACACAGCGCCACAUGCCUGCGAAUUAUAGCUGGAUAAUGCAACCUAGGACGGCAGAUAAUAUUAUUGUUUUAAAAACAACUUGCAAUGCAAUCCACAGAUAAUGAAAUAAUAUUUGCAGCUAAUGCGAUUUGAUUUGAAGAAUAACUACAGGGUGAGAUGAAAACCUGCAACAAAGCAAAAAUGGCAUAAUGUUUACAUUUUUUUUUAAUUUUAUUGAAUGAAAGCAAAAAAUGUCGGAAAUAGCAUCAAAUUUUAGAAUAUGUUUAGAUUUGUUCGAAUUGGUCACCUUUGGCACGAAUUAUGGCCUUCAAACGGCCAAUGAAA